AAUAAUUAUUGUUUUGAAAUAUUUUAAAAGUAGGUUUAAGUUAUCCUUAAUUCUUAAGUUAUUUCUGAUGCAGAAUAUAAUGCUAUAGAACCUGAUAUUUUUUUGAAUGCUUCAAAAGAUCAAAUAACAGAGUGGCAGCAACAAGCAACUUACGGAGUUUAUAUAAUUGACAAAUUAAAAACUUUGCCAGUAAAAGAAGAAGUACGAAAGCAUAAAGCAAAAUUACUAAUAUACUUUUACUAUAUGAUGCAAUUAGCAAAUUUAAAAGCAAGAGAACUAAAGAGAAAAGAUCCUUUACCCUCAGUUCCCACAUUAUUUAAAGAAAAGAUACUUGAUAAAUUCACAUCAAAAUCAACAAAUCAAUUUGGGAAAUCAGACAGAUCAUUUCCUAAUAAAAUGAAAGAUAAAUUAGCUGCUUAUGCAUUAGUUCUUGCUUUAUUUGUGGAUGAAUAUGAAGUGAAUUUAAAUCAAAUUCAACCAGAUCUGAAGAUGCCUAUAAACAGGUUAGCCACUUUGGCAGGAGCCCUUGGAUGUAAAGUUAUUAUUCACAAAGACCAGCUAACAAAAAGGAUAACAAAAACUGCAGUUUUGACUAUUCCAUUAUAUGUAUUAAUUGAAAAGGCACAAAAAAGAAGAAGAACUUAAAAGUUACAUAAAUGAUUAAUUUGAUUUGUAAAUUUGUUAUAAAUAAUGAAUUAUGAUUCAUUGCCAAGGAUAUUUUUCUGUUAAGACUUUAAAUAAA